AUGCCCUCGACCGUCCACGCCGUCCAUCCCCCCCGCGUCACCAAGUUCACCAACUGCCGGCUGCCCAUCAACGGCGCCCUCGUCGAGCAGGACCUCUGGAUUGACUCUGCCUCGGGCAAGAUCCUCCACGAUCAGCGCGCCUUCUACGAGGACCGCAUCUGUCCCGACCAAGUGGUCGAUCUGCGCGGCCGCAUCUUGGCUCUCGGCUUCAUCGAAGUGCAGAUCAAUGGCGCCUCUGGCUUCGACUUUUCGGUGCCCCAGCCCACCAGGGAAGCGUACGAUGCCGGCCUGCGGGACGUCAAUCGCGCUCUGGUCAGCAUGGGCGUGACCGCCUACCUGCCCACCCUGACCAGCCAGAAGAAGGACGUCUACGCUGCGGUGCUUCCUUCGCUCGGCCCGUCCGGUCUCCUUCGACGCGCCGAAGACGGGGCUGAGUCUCUGGGUGCUCACGUCGAGGGCCCGUUCCUGAGUCCCGGGAAAAACGGUAUCCACAGUCCCGAGGUCCUGAUUUCCGCCCGAAACGGCCUCAAAGACCUCAUGGAUUGUUACGGAGCCGAGAACAUCUGCGUCGACGAGGCCUCCCCGACACCCGUCCCCGUCAAAAUGAUCACCGCCGCGCCCGAGGUGGGUGCUAUGUUGUCCCUCAUUCCCCAGAUCAAAUCCCAAGGCAUCAUCUUCUCCAUCGGGCACUCCGACGCAACCUACGAACAGGCCCUGGCCGCCGUCGAUGCAGGCGCAAACAUGAUCACUCACCUCUUCAACGCGAUGCGGCCGUUUUACCACCGCAACCCGGGCAUUUUCGGCCUGCUGGGCCAGUCGGAGAAACAUCGACCAUUCUACGGCAUCAUCGCGGACGGCCUGCACCUCCACCCCACAACCAUCCAGAUUGCGUACAACGCGCACCCGAAGGGCAUGAUUCUCGUCACCGAUGCCAUGAAGCUCUGCGGUAUGCCCGACGGCGUGUACGACUGGACCAAUGGCGAGCGCAUCGUGAAGACGGGUUCGCUGCUGACCCUCGAAGGCUCAGACCGUCUCGCAGGAAGUUCCGCGACGCUGAUUGAAUGCGUGAAUAACUUCCGGCGAUGGGCUGGCGCGAAAACGGUCGAUGCCCUUGCGGCCGUGACGGAGACACCAGCGAGAAUGCUGGGCAUCUUGGGAUCAAAAGGGACCCUGGCGCAUGGCGCAGACGCUGACCUCGUGGUCUUGGGCGAAACCAAAGGUGAGGAUGGAGAGCUGGGAACACUGACCGUUGACCAAGUGUGGAAGUUUGGUGUAAAGGUGUUCGACAGUGAGAAGGACUGA